AGCAGAGCCAGUAAUCGGCAUCCCUCAGAGGGGACAUCAGUACCAGCUGUCAGUGCUCAUCCAUGCCACCUGCCAGUGCCUAUCAGUGCCACAUCAAUGCCACAUAUCAGUGCCCAUCUGAGCUGUAUUUCAGUGUCACCCAUCAGUGCCAGUCAGUACCACCUAUCAAUGCCAGUCAGUGCUGCCAAUCAGUGUCGCAUAUCAGUGCCAGUCAGUGCCGCCUAUCAGUGUGCAUCAGUGCCCAACAGUGCUGCCUAUGAGUGCUGCCUUUCAGUGCCCAUCAGUGAUGCCU